UUGAUCAGUUGUUGGGAGAAGCUGGUGUCGUCUGCUGCUGCUGCUGCUGCUGCUGACACCCACUACCUCUGCUGCAACAUUCCCAUCUAGUCCGGCACAGCCUUUUUUUAACUUGUUGUACCGUCACACCAGCAAGUAUGGAGUUCAGGUUCGACGUGAGGACACUUCUACCGGAGGAAAUAACUUUGGUGGACCACAACCUCAUACUUCCUGGGUGGCAGUCCAAGACUAAGAACAGGGUUGAGUUCCAGCAUCUGUAUCAGAUCAUCAAUGCUAUAGGAGAGGCAUCCUCCUUUGCUCAAGGUCUCAACAAUGUUAUCACAACAGCAGACAAACUGCAAAAUUCUGACCACCUUCUUUAUCUCAUGAAAGAAGAAGAUGAAUCCACAGGACAGUGUCUUGUUGUUGGCAUGCUUAAGGUUGGCCGUAAGAAGUUAUUCCUUCUUGAUAGUGAGCAACGAACAAAGGAAUGUGCACCUCUCUGUGUUUUAGACUUCUACAUUCAUGAGUCAAGACAACGCAGGGGUUAUGGCAGGAGGCUGUUUGAUCAUAUGCUACGGGAUCAGAAUGUUUUACCAGGUCACAUGGCAGUUGACAAGCCCUCAGAUAAGUUCCUAGGAUUCCUGCGGAAGCACUAUCACCUCUACAAGCAAGUCAACCAGCUGAACAACUUUGUUGUCUUUGAUACCUUCUUUACUGAUAGACCAAUUGCUUCUGAAGAGGCGGCUUUAACAUUUGUGAGCCGUAGUCCUCGUGCUGUAUCUCCAGACCGCAGCCAGUCACCUACUGCAUCCCGGCGUCCUUCUUCAUGCAAUUAUUCUCACUCUGCUGGUCGACCAAGUAAUGCAUCUCGGCAGCCUACUAGCAUGGUUGAUAUCCUUCAUGGCCGUCCUGAUCGCCACACUCCAACUGCUUGCCUCUCUCCUCGAUACCAAACAACUCUUGAUUGGAUGCGAGGGCAGACUUCUGGUGGAGAAUCUCCAUUUUCUCAAACCCCUACUUCGUACUCUGCGUCUCGAACUCCAUCAAAUACAGGCUCUCCAUUACGUACUCCAUGGGCUGGGUCUCCUCCACGCACUCCAUACACUCCACACACUGCCACUGGUUCACAGCCUCUUAGUUACAAGAACAGCAUUGACCUGGUGGAUGGACAUGUAAGUCUCCAGGGGUCAAUAGCCCCUACUCCAGCCACAUCUCCUGAACGUCGCUCUCCUCCCAAAGAGCCGCAGGAAGAUGGUGAAGCUGAUGUAAUUGAUCAGCAGCCUUUGGUGGAGGAAGAUGGUAUGGUGGAGAAGGUAGAAAAGUUGUCAGUGUCUGCCACUCCUCAGUCACCAGUAUUAAGUUUAGAGAAGGGAAAAUCAUGCCUCACCAGGCUACUGAUUUCUGAUAGCACAGAUGGUAAGGAGAGCAGACUGCAUUUCCUUGACUGUCAGAAGACCCUUGAUAAAGUGCUUGACUGUUGUUUCACUGAGUACUGUAUAGAUCAGAAUGUUUUACCAGGUCACAUGGCAGUUGACAAGCCCUCAGAUAAGUUCCUAGGAUUUCCUGCGGAAGCACUAUCACCUCUACAAGCAAGUCAACCAGCUGAACAAACUUUGUUGUCUUUGAUACCUUCUUUACUGAUAGACCAAUUGCUGAAUGUGGUGGCUGUAGGAUUAUUAGGUGCAAAAUGUUUUAUAUAUAGUAGUAUAUGCACAACUUCCUUUAGGGUUGAUAUCCUUCAUGGCCGUCCUGACGCCACACUCCAACGCUUGCCCUCUUUUUCCUCGUACCAAACAACUCUUGAUUGGAUGCGAGGGCAGACUUCUGGUGGAGAAUCUCCAUUUUCUCAAACCCCUACUUCGUACUCUGCGUCUCGAACUCCAUCAAAUACAGGCUCUCCAUUACGUACUCCAUGGGCUGGGUCUCCUCCACGCACUCCAUACACUCCACACACUGCCACUGGUUCACAGCCUCUUAGUUACAAGAACAGCAUUGACCUGGUGGAUGGACAUGUAAGUCUCCAGGGGUCAAUAGCCCCUACUCCAGCCACAUCUCCUGAACGUCGCUCUCCUCCCAAAGAGCCGCAGGAAGAUGGUGAAGCUGAUGUAAUUGAUCAGCAGCCUUUGGUGGAGGAAGAUGGUAUGGUGGAGAAGGUAGAAAAGUUGUCAGUGUCUGCCACUCCUCAGUCACCAGUCAAGUCACCUGACAUCUGUGGAUUGGUCUCACUAUGCAAGACAAGUCAGUGGCGGGAUAGUGUGUCACAUCCUUCAGCAACAUUAGCAGAGCGUAUGGCAUCACCCUCACGAUCCACCAUGACUGGCGUCUUACAAGAAAAUGAUUCUGUUCAUGGACACUUGAAAUUCCAUCACCAUGCCUUAUGGUAAUGAUGCAUGAACUAAGCGCUUCUUGUCUACACCACCUAACAAGAGAGCCUAUAUGCUGCUAGGGCUGUCGGGAAUGUCUGUAAACCCAGGUGGCCAGCAGUCUAAACACCAGCAUUCCCAUUCACCUGCUAAACACUGCAGCUAAUCUUCAAGUGGUGGCUACAACUUGCAUUCCUGCCUACUUUUUAUGUGCACACAAAUACUGUAGAUGUUUUUUAUUAGGCAAGAUAUUUUUUACUUUAGGUGGAGUAUUUUUAUAAUUUACAUAAUUUAUAUUAAAUUUACAGUGGAACUGAUAAAAUUUUACAUAGCUAUAUUUACAGGAAUUAUUUGUAAAGUUUAACUAUAUUUUGUGAUGUUACUCUUUCAUAGUAAAUUUCAUGGAGAAGUGCACUCAAGGUUGUGAUUUCAGAUUGUGCAUUGAAAUUGAGUGAAAAGUUUGAUGUUAUAAAAUAUUUCCAAUAUGAUCUUAAACAAGAAAAACUAUAUACUCUACUAUAUAUUUUCAGAUAAUUUUUUCCUUAAAUUCUCAUGAAUAAAUUUGUUUUGAUUAAUGUUUUGAAUAUGCUUAUAAAUUGUAAUUUUAAAGAAAAUAUGAACUUAGCAGCUAAGUAACCUCAAUCUAAUUCAGCUGGAAAUGGAGUGUGAUAAACAGACAAAUAGAUAGAAAAUAUGAAGCUGAAAUGUAGCUAAGCUUUUUAAGCCUGUAAGUCUUCACUGCAAGUGUUCAGGAUAUAUCCAGUAUUACAAUUUUAGAAGGUCUUGUGUCAGACUUAAGCUUUACAUAUUGCAAUAUUUUUUAUUUCACUAUGCAUUACAAUGGCAUUUUGAGAGAUCUAGAAUUUCCAUUGUAUCUGAUAAUCUCUCUUAAGAAGUUAAUGACUCAAGGAUGCUACCAAAGAAACUUGUACUUUGUGGGGGUUAGUUAAGUUGUGUAAUGAUUACUGUGCCUAAAUACUGUGGUAUUUGAUUUGUUAGAAAUCUAGUACCAUCAUUGAAUUGAUAGAGGUAUAGGAUUGAGAGGAAUUACAGGAAAUGUAAAUAUAUCGUAAACCUGUGGAUUUAGUGACUUGUUAUACCUAUUCCAUCUCAGUUGAUUGGGACUAGAAUAAGGUUAAUAGUUAGGUACUGUACACUUAUUUCAUACUCAUUCAUAUGGAACUGAAUAAGAUUAUGCAUUAGGUACACCUAUUUUUAUCUCGCUUAAUUGGGAAUGGAAUAAAUUUAAGACAGGUACAUCAAUUCCACAUCAGUUAAUUAGGUAUGGAAUAUGGCUGAUAGAUAGAUGGGUGGUAUUGCAAGUACAUUAUAGUGCUUACACACUGUGGUAAGUGGAAAAAUUACCUUAAUGUCCAGCAAAACUGCCAUAUUCAAAAAUUUGUGAGUACACAUCUCGAACAUUAUUCUCCAACAUUUUGUAUGACUGCAAUUAUCAAAAUAUUUCCCAUGAUUCUAGGAGCUCAGAAGAAAGAAAAGAAAAAAGGGUUUCCAUCUGUAACAUGUUGCUGUUUAGAGCAUUUAGAAGCAAAAAACUUAGUUUCAUAAAUGAUAGCAGAUAAUUAUCACUAUCAAUUGCCUUAAAUUUUCACUUUUUGCAAUUCUUUAGCAUGGUGUAGUCUUUUUGUCUAUAAGGAUUGGUAAACUUCCAGUUUCUGCCUUAUUGUGACAACUUAAUUCUUAAAUUAAUGCAGUAUAUUAAUAGCUAAUGUGGCUGGUGCAUAACCUGCACAUUAUAUCUUGUACAAUAAGUUUUUAAUAUACUAAGCAUUUAGCAUUGUUAGAGGAUAUUAUUUUUGAAUUUAUUAAAACUAACAGCAAGCAUCUGGCUGCUAGGUACAUUAUAUAAGUUUAAUUAAAACUCUCCUGGAUUCAUACAGGAGAGGAAGGCCUUGUACUUUCAUAUAUUAGGAAAACUCAUUUGAACUCGUAUUUCCAAGUUUACGUAGGACUAGGGUGUGCACAUUACUUAUUUUAGUUGUUGCUGUAAAUUCAUUUUACAAAUUUGUUUUAGGGAGAGAGUUGCACAGGGAAUGUGCAGAUUGGUCAUAGAGGGAAUUUAAGUGGGUGAUGUACAAUAUAUCUCUUGGUACUGUACAUUUGCUUUAGUAAGUUUGAAUAUCAUGUCCCUUUGAUAUUUUCAUGUUAAGUCUUUGUAUACAUUACUUUAUUCUAUGUGAAAAUUUAAAUGGGAAUUUACUUUUGACCCGGAUUUAUAAAAAAGAACAGUAACAGUUUUUAAGGUUGCUUUGCUUUUGAGCACACAAAGAUUCCGUGUGUGGUGUGGGAUAAUAACACAUCUUCCAGCUUGGUAAGACUGUUGUCCAGUUUCAUGCUGAAUAAUGCAUUGCUUAUAUUAAGGUAUAAUGACCAUAUUCAUAGUGGUAAUAGUGCUACAUUCAGCAGCUAAUUUAUUACUGUAAUAAUUUUUCCAUAAUUUAGUUUUUUACUUAUUCUGCAGAAAGGAAAAACUUUUUAAUCAGCUGUUACACAUUUUUUAUAUUAUAUAUAAUGUGUUGUUGGAGGAUUAUAGAACCUCCAAAAACUGUCAUGAAGAGAAGAUGUGAAUGUAGACACUUCUCAUGGUUCAUCUUGGUAAUUUUUCAAGCAUUCUCAUUUCAGUGUCCUCCACCAGUGUAUACAGUAUUGUGAAAUAUUUUUUGUUCUUGCAGCUAUACAUGUGAUGUACCUUCUGUGUAUUUUAUCAUUUACUGUUAGUCUUUAGCAUCUACUCCACACUGUUAAAUUCAUAUUUAUUAUUUUGAGUCCUACUAGGAAUAUGGCAUUACUGUAUAAAAUGGUAUAGGUUAAUGUGUAUGUUGGUAAACUCAGACAUGUUUUGUAGUAUACUUAAGUCUACAGUUACAAUGACUUUUAUGUAUAAGGUACAUGAUUGAAAAUCUAGUGAACUUUUAAGUGUUGAUACACACACACUCACUCCUAAUAUUCAAGCUCUACAUGACAAUUUCUCUGGUAUGGAAGAGCUUUGAACUGAUGCUUGAUGCUUCCAGAAUUGUAGAACCAAAUGUUGACAUUGUCAUUAUUCCAGGGAUGUACACAAACUGAAUUUGUUUAAAUACUUGUACAAGUUUGACCUCAUAUAUUAUGUUUGGGAUGUAUCAUGAUAGACAGCAACACUGAAGAUUUUAAGUAGAUGAUGGCAAGCUUUGGCUCUUAGUGCUCCACAAGACAUGUUUUACUUUGUUGUAUGUUAUAGCUUUGUAAUUGAAAAGAAUGGAAUUGAUUUUCCCCGACUGUGGGAGUAUUGCAAAAGAGCUUUACACUUAUAUUUAUAUGUGCUUACUAUUUAUUUUGUUACAAUGUUUUAACUAAUUUAUUAAGUAUGUAAUAUUUGCAUUGCAUCAUCUGUGUAUGUUAAGCAGUGUUUCACACAAGUUUAAAUAAUCACUAUUUUGCACUGAAUCCAUUUGGGUCAUUCAGGGCUGACAGGUUUCAGUGAUGGGCACAAUAUGAUGCACAAAGUUAUUUGAUAAUGUACUGUAGUGGUUUUUUGUAAUUAGGUCUUUAAAAAUUAUUUCUUUAGGUUAUUUUGUUAAAAUUGAAUUUUUUAUUACAAAAUAUAUAUAUAUAUAUAUAUAUAUAUUUUUUUUUUUUUUUUUUUUAGAAAUAAAAUAAUCUCAAAAAUGCCUUUGAACUCUAUACACGUAUCUAAAAUAAUUUUUAUCUGUGAAAACAUUUUAGCGUUGCAUCUAUGGUGUGUGUUUAUACAGAUGAGUAUUAAAUUUGGUACUUCAUAUGGAAAACAUGACUAAUUAUGGGCAUCUUGCUGUUUAUGAGAAACUAAAAAUAGUACAGAUGUGAUAGUUUUUAAGUUUAGUCACAUAAUUUCUAUAUGUUUUUAUACUUGAUAAUUUUAAUGUAUAUUUACACUUGGUGCAAAGUUGCCACUCUUUUGUAUAAUGUACUGUACUUACAACAAUACUGUUCAGAGUGUAAGUGAACAUUUAGAAUAUUGCUGUCUUGCACUGUUCUUUCUAAUCUUUAAGACUAAACUAGCUAUUUAACUUACAAAAUUAUUUCAAAAUUUUCCUUUUUUAUAUUUCCAGAAUCUCAUUCCCUAAUAUUGUACAACAGUGAAGAAAUGGCUUUAUUGCUAAGAUUUGCCUAAUGAUUUUUGUUUAAUGAUGGCCUGCUGCUCCAGAGUGUAGAGUAACUUGUACUGUGUCCAGUCAGUAAAAACUGAAGCUUCAUAGUAGGAAAACCAGACUCAGUUUGAAGUUAUGUAUAUCUUAUCUGUGACAUUACUGUUGUCAUUGAUUAUAGUUGUAUAUCAUUGUAAAUUAUGCAGAGUUACAAGCUGUUUUAUAUAUGAUUUGUUUAUUUGGUUAUUUUAACUAAAGCUUUAACCUAAAUACUUCUUUUAAGUGUUACCAUUGCCAAGUAAUAAAUAUUAACAUAAA